GCCACCGCCACCGCCGCCGGCGGCAUGCUCCGUCUCCGGGAGCGCAUGGUUUCUCAUCUCCCCUCUUCUCCAUCCACCUCUCCCAUCUGCUCCCUCUUCCGCCGGCUCCUCUCCGCCAGCGCGCCGCCGUCCAACUCCCCAAACCAAGGAUUCGCCGUGGAGGAGUACCUCGUCCACACCUGCGGCCUCACCCGGCCCCAGGCCCUCAAGGCCUCCAAGAAGCUCUCGCACCUCAACUCCCCCGCCAACCCCGAAGCCGUCCUCGCCUUCCUCGCCGGCCUCGGCCUCUCCGGCGCCGACGCCGCGGCCGUCGUCGCCAAAGACCCGCUUUUUCUCUGCGCCGGCGUGGAGACAACCCUAGCACACAACGUCGACGGGCUGACCGGCCUCGGCCUGUCGCGUCCUGAGAUCGCCCGCCUCGCCUCGCUCGUCCAAGACAGCUUCCGCUGCAGAUCCAUCGUCUCCAAGCUGCAGUACCACCUGCCCCUCUUCGGCUCCUCCGAGAACCUCUUCCGUGCUCUAACCAAGAGCCCCCGCUUGCUCAAGUUCAACCUCGGCAAGGUGGUCAUGCCCAAUGUCGCGUUUCUGCAGGAGUGCGGGCUAGAUUGUCGCAGUAUUGCCAAGCUGUGUAUCCGUGAGCCAAGGAUGCUGACCGCCAACCCCGACCGCGUCCGGGCGAUGGCGGCAUGUGCCGAAAGAUUGGGUGUGCCCAGGGGCUCUGGUAUGUUCAGGGAGGCACUGCAGGCUGUCGCGUUCCGCAGUGAGGGGAACAUCACCGCAAAAGUGGACUACCUGAAGAGGACCUUCAGCUGGUCUGAUGCUGAGGUUCUCAUUGCUUUCUCUGCAGCUCCAAUGCUGCUGAGGAGGUCAAAAUACAUCCUACGGCGUAGCUUCGAGUUCCUGGUCUCCGAGGCGGGCUUGCAACCGGGGUACAUUGCUCAUUGCCCGGUCAUCCUCUAUUAUAGCCUGGAGGGCCGGGUCAAGCCCCGGUGCUAUGUUCUAAAGUUCCUCAAGGAAAAUGGAUUGGUAGAUCGUCACCUGAGCUUCUGUUAUGUGGUCAAGAUGACUGAGAAGGUAUUUGUCGAGAAACUCAUAUCCCCUCACAAGGAAGCUGUACCACACCUCGCUCAAGACUAUGCAACCGCUUGCAAAGGUGAGGUGCCAACUAAUUUCGGAUUUACUUGAACCGAAAACGGGCUAAGGAAGUUGAUUAUUGUGAUGGCGCAACAAAGUUUUCACUCUGCGUUAUAAGCUGGUAGUUCCUGUUUUGGCGUUGUUUGCCAAACUAGAUGUUGGUUAUUUUCUGUAGUAUGCCUGUUACAUGCCAGUUUGGUCAUUGCUAAAUGCUAACUCCUCUGGAACUGAUAAUUUUAUUCCUGAACCCUGA